AUGUCGGCAACACACCACACUUUUGUUUUGUGGCGUCGUGGAGCAGACAUGGUGGCGAGUGGUCCAUUGAAAGCGGGUUUGUCCGCCGUGCGCCGCCGCCACCUCAUGAUCAUCACCAAGCUGCUCAAUGACAGCGCUUCGUGUACGUCGCUCCACGUCACGACGAUCACUGACAAAGUCCCGAAGCUCGCGUACAAGAUGGAGCACCGCUUGUUCCAGCUUUGCUCGGACGAGACCGUGUUGAACGAAGACACGAUCCGUGACCGGCUCAAAACCAUCAUCUCGAACCAGUGCAUGGCGCGCGUUGUGCCGUGCGACGUCGACACGACUAUGUAG